GCACUGAAGGAGCUGCUUGCAGAGAUUGGGGGGUUCUCUGGAUGGCUUUUUUUUGUUGUUUGUCUCUUUUUCAUAUUCUAACUGAGGGCCAUCCAAGCUUUUUCUCACCCAAUACCCACACUGGUUUGCCGUUAUUUAGGGUAGUUUGUAGUUUAAUCAAAAGCUGUUUGCUCUCAAGUUUGGACGUUUAGAACCCAUUUGUAGAUUUCGUACACAUGUUCCUAGCUCUAUGAAAAGUUUUGGGCCUUUUAUUAUUUAGGAAGAAAACGUUAAAACGUCUUAAAUAGGCAGCGUUGUAAUCGCAAUCUUUUCGAUAUGUUGUUAAUUGAAAAUCAGGGUCAGUCCUAGUACUCUCGCGUCUUUAAUGGACUCGUCUGACGAACCGACCCGAUCCGCGAUUACCCCUUCGGUGGAGCUCGGACUUACCGUUGUGCAUACGGUUCUUUAUUCGCUACUCUUUUUGUUUGUUUACUCCCAACUUUGGCUGAUUUUGCACCAUGGACACAAGCGCUUCAGCUACCAGAGUGUUUUUCUUUUCCUCUGUUUGCUGUGGUCUGCUGUGAGGACAACAUUAUUCUCUUUUUACUUCGAGAACGUUGCACAGGCAAACCAGCUGCAGCCGCUACCUUUCUGGUUUUUAUACUGUUUUCCAGUAUGCCUGCAGUUUUUCACGCUGUGUCUGCUUAAUCUUUAUUUUGCACAGAUGAUGUGUAAAGCCAAAGCUAAAUAUUCUCCAGAGCUCAGCAAAUACAAGACGCCCCUUCGGCUGGCCUUCCUGUUCACCGCCGUCUCCUUCCUAGUGGUGAACGUCACAUGCUCCCUGGUGCUGCAGGCGGAAAAGAGCGGUGACAGUGUUAAGGCCAAACACAUUGUGCUGGCACGGGUGCUGGUUAAUGAUAGCCUCUUCGUGCUCUGCGCCAUCUCGCUGGCCACCUGCAUCUGCAGGCUAGCCAAGAUGUCCUCGGCUAACGUCUACCUGGAGUCGAAGGGAACAACAGUGUUCCAAGCCACAGCCACUGGUGCAGCAGUCAUCCUGCUGUAUACGUCCAGAGCCUGUUACAACCUGGUGGUAGCGGCUGUUUCCCCAAGUGAUCAAACCACACCUUUCAGCUAUGGCUGGUACAGCUUCUCGGACCAGGCCAAUGUGGAGCAGAUUAGCGGAGAGGCCUAUGUGAUCUUCGGGAUCAUCUUGUUUUUCUGGGAGUUCGUCCCCACAGCCCUCCUCGUGGUUUUCUUCAGAGUGCAGCGGCCCAAUCAGAACCUGGCACCGGGUGGUAUGAUCACUAGUCACAGUUUCAACUCCAGGGCGUAUUUCUUUGACAACCCUAGGCGCUACGACAGUGAUGAUGACCUGUCCAGAAGCAUCAGCUCCAGAGGAGAGAGGGGCAGUAUUAACUCCUCGACACCACAGGCAGGCCCCAGCUGGUACGGCUCCGUGCAGCGGAUUGGCACUCUUACUGGAGCGCCUCACCUGUUCGCUGGCCCCCAGACAUCCACCGCCCCACUUCUCCUCACCUACGGCACCAUGCAGACCAACCAGCAUCAUAACUACUACUCCACCCCCCAGGACUACUAUUCCACAUCUCAGAAUAAUUACAUCACUCCGCAGAACUAAGCCGGACAGCACGACUUGGCUUUCCAUUCCACUAGGGCAGGGAGGUCACGCCAGCCCUGCUCCGGGGGACGUCGCAGAAAUGAACUGUCUUGAGCCUUCUGAGUGAACACAAUCUCUCUGUUCCCAGUCUCCACACACCUCCCCAUCUCUGUCCCAGCCUGCCACCAUAGCCAUGGCGAUGCCCAGAGGUAGCUGCUGUUCAAAACAGACAAGCUGUAGAGAGGGGUGGAGUCACAGUUGGCUCAUCAGCUGCUGCUGCUUAAUCCCCCAGUGCUGUUUUUCAGCGUUACUAUUUCACUCGUGACUCUGUGAUCACCGAAGAUGUAACGUAUGCGUGGACCAACCACUCCUGAUUUUCUCCAAAGAGGCCAUCACCCCUCCCCACCCCCCACGUUCCCCCUGAGCCAGCCCCCCAAUAUGUUCCCUGGUUUCAGAACAGUUUUUCCAAAGGCCCUCUGCACAUACAGACUCCCCUCUGUGAGUCAGGAUGCCUUAUUUGCACUUAGAGGCCCAUAUUUCAUAUUUGGACGAAUGAGAUGAGGCCUGAAUGUAGUGAUUGAUCUCAGAUCUUUUGUGGGUAGGGGUAUUAUUAUUGUUAUUAUU